UCGGCUGCCAGUCGUUCUCCCGUCUCCAGACCAUCUGCAAGUUACGAUUCAUCCCGUAGACCAACCAAACAAGCUACACCGUCGCCCGUCAAUCGAAGAACCCCUUCUCCGACCACUCAGUUAUCGAGACGUUCUCAUACAGAGGACCGACGUCCUGCAGAUACUAUUCGUACUCGACGAAGGUCUCCUCAGCCAAUGGAUAUGGAUGAUGAUUACUACGAGGAAUUAAGUGGCGCACAGAAGAAAGGCGGGUCGNACAACGUAGCCCCAUCUCGAUCAAAUAGCAGACCGGGGAAGCAUCGUUCAUUAUCUCGAUCUCCAGUAGCUCGAGAAAUUUCAUCCACUGCCCCAUCCAAACGGCAAAGGACGCCGGAUAUGUCUCCCGCUAACAGACGGUUACGGAAUGUCUCCCCAAGGAUCUAUCCUCCCGGUCGCGAUUCUUCCCGUUCUCCGGAACCGGAUGCUUGGAAGUACAAGAAAUCGAAACGCGUUUCCGAGUCACCGCAACGGCCAUCGUCCAGGUCUAUGCGAUCAGCUUCUAUCAGUAGCCACGUACGAAAUCAGGUGUCACCGCCCAGUCGUUCAGAACAGCUACGACGAGCAUCGCCCCCGAGUAUGCGUUCUCCGGGUCCUUCUCAAAGGUCUAUAUCGCCUGAUCCACAUAAAACUGAACAAUCCCAUCGCCCGAGUGAAAUACGUGAAUACCGGGGAGAAGAAAGAGUUUACAGUGGAUCUGCUCGAGGCGCAUUUUCACCGGCACACUCCAUGGAACAGUAUGCGCAUCACCUGCUCGAAAUGAACAACGCGCCACCCAAAGCCAAACCUGCCACCGUUGACAAAGUUGCUCCACCAAAGCCUUCAGCUGCCCCGCGGCAAGAUUCGCGAAGCAGUAGAUCGGGUACUCGUUCGGAAUCGUACAGUAGUGGAAGCAGCGACUCCGGACGCAGCCGUUCUUCGCGUCAUUCACGAUCUCGUUCCGGUCCCCGACCUUCAGUUCCUGGCCCGCGCAGUCCACCUCCGCAUCUCGUAGAAAAAUGGCGUAUGCGCCGGGAGCGUCUGAUUCAAAAGCGGCGUGGUAUUCCUGGCACCUAUCACGCACCGUCAUUGUCUUCCGAGGGAAGAUCUCGCUACUCCGGCCGUCGAGGCCCAUCGCCACCGGGCCGAUCACACUCGCGUACACGCUCUCGUUCUUAUUCAUCUCCGCGCCAUCGUCAUCGAGUACGGUCAUCCAGUUCGCGGUCCAAAACGGGUUCAUCUCACCGAAGUCGACAUCAGGUCAGCCUGGAGUCACGUAAGAAAUCCAAGACCCGAUCACCUAGUCACAGCGGAAGUUCCAGUCGUUCAAGUAGUCGGAGUUCCCGACACUCAGCGUCCCAUAGCGUGAGAUCUAAGCGUUCCGUUCGUCAUCAAGGAACAUCCCCGGUACAGCUGUCAAUCAAAGUAUCCAAUAAAAAGCGGACAAUAAUGCCAAUGGCCGCCGCUGGUGAUGUCAUUAUCGAGGAGCAACUCGAGAAGAGUAAGUGGGACCAAUCUCCGGAAGAGCCGGAUAAAACUGAGACAGCGGCACCCCGAAACGCAUGGACAAGUAGUCACUGGCAGGCAGACUCCGCGAGUGUGGAUCCUGCUGUAAGCACUGUCCGGUCAACUGGAUUGACUACGUCACCUAAACUCACAAGCAGUGAAUCGACUGCACCAGUUAUAACUGAAGCCGCAAAACCCACCGAAUCUGUGCUCCAAAGACUUCGCAUGGCACAAGUCAAUACCACAAGCACUUCUGCUACAGUGACAGAACCAGUCGAAUCCAGUCAAAAGACUGGAACGGAAGAGCGUACUACACCCGUCCCCUCUGUGACCGUAGCUGCACAACCGAGUGUCGUUGCUCAAACAGUCGUUAGCAGUCAGGCAGCACCGAGUUCAGCUGAUGUAAAGACAACAGAGAAGUCGGAAUCUCAGGUAUCAUCGUUGAUGUCUUGCACACUCACGCCAUCAAAACCUUUCGUGCGAGCUAGAUCGUCAUCCAGUUCCAGUUCGGCAGAUUCCUCCUCAUCCUCUUCUUCUUCGUCAUCUGGUUCUUCGCGCUCUCGCGGUCGUAGUCGAGUACGCACACCCAGACGUUCAGUCAGUCCGUUCUCACGAAGUUCGCGUCGACGCAGUGACUAUUCCGAUUCCCGCAGUCGAGGUACUCUCGUUCGCGGUCACGUUCGACUUAUCGAUCUACAGUCCGCAGUGCCUAUUCCAGUCGUCAUGGCAGGGACCGAUCAUGGUCAGGCUCUCGUUCACGAUCUCAUACACGAGAUUCCCGUUCAAGAAGUUCACGAUGGGCUGCAGGUAGCUCACCUCGACGAUACAGCUCUUCGCGUCAUCGUCGUGGACGACGUGCUCAUCGUUACUCCGGAUUUCGUCGUCCUUCUGUUUCUAGUCGAAGCCGUUCCUCGUCUGGAAGUUAUAGCUCCUCAUCGCCAAGACAUCGUUGAUGCCUCUUUGUACUUCAGUUUGCUUAUUGUGGUUCAUGAGUUGAAAUGUUCCCCUUCCCACCUACCCCAUACGUUAUGGUGUAUUUUGAACUGUUCUCGCCCAAUUGUGGCAAAAUCCAUGUACAAUGACACAGAACUGGUGUUUUCAAUUGCUACAUCAGUAUGGGCGAGAUUUUUUCCAUUCUACUACAAUGCUGGAGUUUAA